CCACAAAGUUGCUUUUUAAUGCUUUGCAGUUGUGUGUUAUUUUAUCUUUUUAAUAAGUUUUCAUUUGAACAAAUUCUCAACGUUUAAUAUUUUUAGUAACCAACUUCGUGUUUUUUAAUAAUGUCCCUUGUAAAUAUAAUGAAUUCAUUUAGCAAGAUAUAUUUGCAGACGAUUUCAAUGCCUCUCAGAAGUAUUUCAACUACCUCAAUUCAGUUUUUCAAAUUUAGUCCUUGUCUCAUGGCUGAACCACUCAAAAAGAAGAAGAAAAUGGAUCCCGCUAUAAUAAGAGCAAGGGAAGAAAGAAAGAAAAAGAAAAUAGAAAAACAAAUUCGUAGAUUAGAAAAGAAUGCAAGGCAGCUAAAACCAAUAGAUGAAUGUGAAGUACCAUUAUACCUUAUUGAUGAGCAGAGGUAUCAUUAUACUACCUUAGUUAUUAAAAAGCAUGAUAAUUUACAGUAUUACAGGAAAAGAGCAAGAACUAUACAACUUACUGAAGAAGUACUAGAGAGUAGAGCUGCAUUGUUUCAAGCAUGGAGUUGCUACAAACAACAGCAGCAUUUAAAUGACGUUCAGAUGAUUGAUAGAAUAAUGUAUUCCCAACAAAAAGCACUUAAUGAAUUGAAAAAUGAAUCUGAAGAUCUGUAUCAAGAAGCUAUACAAGUAGAGCCUAUGUUACUUCCUAUUAAACUUCAAGGUCCAUCUGAAACUCCUCCAAUAGCAGAUUAUGAUGCUCCCGAUGGUGAUUAUCAAGAUGUUUCAAGAAAGUGGGAUUGAAGAUAUUUUAAAAAUAUCUAGUCAUCUCUUCAAAAAGCCCCCAACAAAGAUAGGCAAGUCAUUAAAUGGUCAGUUUAGAAAUAAAUUUCUUUAAAUCUGUCAUGGAUUCUAUUACAAUCCUAUGAACUUAUUUGUAGUUCAUUUGUUGUUUACAUUAUUGCUUUUAUGUAUUUUUGGUAGUUUAUAUUAGAUUACAAUGUACAUAUUUCAUACAUACAACAUUGAGCAAA